UGUGAAUGGAGCUCCACAUCCUUUUUGGCGCGAGCGCGCGCGUACUGGCAGCUCGGCUGGCUGAGCUAAAAUUAGCUUCGUGCCGAAUUUUUUUUUCAUUAUUUAUUUUGAUGUCUGCGUGCAGCAUAUGUGGAUCCGAAUGAACUAACCAGGAGAAGGAGGAGGACACACACACACACACGCACGCAUUCACGCACACACACGCGCAUGUCUGGGCACGCGCCUCAUACACGCCACUGGUGAAUAGGACAGCAGCUACCACCACCACCACCAGCACCAGCGCCGCGCCGUGCCCCAGGACGUCAUGCACCAUUUUUAGAGAUGCUCUAAAAAUAGAAUGAUGGUUUUGACUGUGAGGAAAUUGAACGUCUUCUUCUGUCUCCGGCAUCUUUUAGCUAUGAUUCUCUCCCUGGCCGCGGCAGCAGCCAUGAGUAGCGGCGGCGGCAGCAGCCUCAACUCCUCCUCCCCCCUCGACCCCUUCGACUCCUCCACCUCCUGGAGCCUGGCCGAGGACCCCUCCAACUCCUCCUCCGAGCCCGUCGUGCGAACUCUGACCCCCGACCUCCAACCGGCGACCACGGCCGUCGCCGUGCAGGAAGUCAGCCCCUGGGACAUCGCGCUCUGCGUUACCGGGACGCUCAUCUCCUGCGAGAACGCCCUGGUGAUCGCCGUGCUCUUCUACACGCCGACGCUCCGCGCCCCGAUGUUCAUCCUGAUCGGCUCGCUGGCGGUGGCGGACCUCCUUGCCGGCCUCGGCCUCAUCUUGAACUUUGUCUUCACCUACCUGGUCGACAGCUCGGUGGAGUUUGUGACGCUGCUGUCCGUGGGGCUGCUCAUCUCGGCGUUCUCCGCGUCCGUCCUCAACAUCCUCGCCAUCACGGUGGACCGCUACCUGUCGCUGUACAACGCGCUGACCUACCACACGGAGCGGACGGUCACCUUCACCUACGUGAUGGUGGUCUUCAUCUGGGUGGCGUGCCUCGCGCUGGGCUCGCUGCCGGCGCUCGGCUGGAACUGUCUGAGGGACGAGUCCACAUGCAGCAUCUGCCGACCGGUCACCAAAAUCAACGCCGUGGCGCUCGCCGUCACCUUCCUGCUCGUCUUCGCCCUGAUGAUGCAGCUCUACCUGCAGAUCUGCAAGAUCGCCUUCCGCCACGCGCAGCAGAUCGCCGUGCAGCACCAGUUCGUGGCCAUCUCCACCACCAAAGGCGUCUCCACGCUGUCGGCCAUCUUGUGUGCCUUCGGGACGUGCUGGCUGCCGUUCGCCAUGUACUCCAUCGUGGCCGACUCCAGCUACCCCGUGAUUUACACCUACGCCACCGUCCUCCCCGCCACCUGCUGCUCCGUCAUCAACCCCAUCAUCUAUGCGUUCCGAAACCCGGAUAUCCAGAAGUCGCUGUGGAUGGCGUGCUGCGGCUGCGUCCCGUCCAACCUCUCCCUCAGACCCAGGACCUCCAGCGACGUGUAGCAGCGAAGGUUGGUUUCUGUCUGACGUGAUGCUUGACGCCGAGUCAGGGUUGUCGGAGGGAGAGGAAGAACGAGAGGAAGACGAGACCAGGAGAUCAGUGAGAGGUUGGUGGCUGAGAGGUUUCCUCUACUCUUCGUAUCAGGGCUGGUGGGCUGAUGGCGAACGCACGGCGGGCCACGGUAACCGUGGCGAUGGGAAAGUGCAUGGUCCAAAAAAAAAAAAAAAAAGAUCUAAUAGAGCUAAUAAAGAUCAUGUGGCUUGGCGUGAACCAACAUCGUGGUGGAGGUUGUGUGAAACCAACUGCAAAAACCUGAUUAAGGUAUCGUCAUGGUGAUUGUAGGCAACGCGGCGGGGGCGUCAGGCGACUUUUUUCAACUGACCUCCUUCCGAGAAGUGAGCCUACUUCUCAAGAGUAGCAUAAAUGAUGAUGUGAUGGCGGGAUUUAGGAAGAAACGUCCUAAAGUCUCCAUAGGACCUGAGCUUUUGGGCAGCACUGCAUGGUUAUGCAAUCAGAAGGAGUGAAACAGUCUUAAAAUACUGUGUGUGUUUCCACUGAUGUGUUUGAAAUUAAGUGGUGUGUGGAUAAAAAUACAAUGAGCUAAAUAUACACAACGAAUGACCUUGAGUAUUCUCAAUGAGCUAUCUUUGCAGUCUUGUCCUAAUAGGUAAAAAAAAACAAGAAUAUUUCCUCCCUUGAAACGUAUUUUAACAACAAUGUUCCCGUGUUCCCUUGAUCUGAUGCAGAUUAAGUAAUUAGUGAGUUUAUAGACAGAGAGUGCAACAAUAAUUAACUCUUACAGUAUGUGCUGUAGAUGGAAAUUAGAUGGUGUUCAUGAUCAUUAACACUGCUAGUCUGCCAAGCCCAUUUUCCCAAAGCCAACAGCACAAUGUGCAUUCUCUCAAACACAUUUCAACGCAUGAAGCUGGCGGAAAAAAAUGUGAGAGAAACGUCUCCUAAUCACAUGCCAAAUGAAAUCUAAUCCACCAGCCUCCUAAUGCAUAGAUAACCCGGCUACUUUGCAACAAAAAAAACCUAGAGAGAGAUUUCCACAUUCAGGCCAGCGUGUGUUGUCCUUGGUGUGAUGAAAUCAAAUCUGCUCCCCCCGUCUGAGAAAAACGGUUUUCUCAGCCAGCCAGCCGCUGCGCCGUGACUGUGAAGCAGAGAGAGAGAGAGAGCUGAAUUCAGCACCAAGGACAGCGCCACUGCAGAGCGCUGCUACCCUGGGAAUGCUCUCUGCUGCGGGGGGAGAGCGCUGGAAAGUAGGCUACGCUGUUCUCGCUGCACACCAUCUUGAUAGGGAAUGUGAGACGGGCUUUAAAGGGCCAUUCCAGCCUGAUUGGGGCUUGAUCUGGACACAUUCAGAGCUAAUUGACUGCUAUUUUUAAAUGCAUUCAGUCCUGAAAAGACAAACAAAACAACAUAAUGAUGUAAUAAUAAUAAUAAUAAUAAUACAUUUUAUUUGAACCUGGUCUCACAGGAAUCCAUGAAAUAGCCACGGAUUCGCUUAACUCAAAAUAAUAGAAAUGGAUAUUUUUUCCUAUUGGUUUGUUCCAUGUCACGUGACUUUCAAGGUCCCGGCGGUCAGAACAAAAACAUGGCGGACAGUUCUCUCAUUUUCAGUGAAAAAAAAUCAAUAUUUUGACUUUGAUUUUGAUCACAUUUCUAGCUAGAAAUAUGUUUUAUUUUCUAAAUAUUCACUCAGUGAAUGUACAUAAUCACUUUGUAUGUUGGAAUAGCCACGGGAUAUGACUGUCAUUAACUUGCAUUGUAGCGAAAUCCGUGUCAGUUUCACAGAAAUUUGAGUGAUUCCGUGGCUAUUCCAUGGAUUUUGAGUUAAGCGAAUCCGUGGCUAUUUCACGGAUUCCUGUGAGACCAUGUUGUUUUAUUUGUAAUGCACUUUACAUUACAGGAAAUCUCAAAGUGCUACAGGAUUAAAAGCAUAGCAGUCUAAUUAUAAAAAGGAUAAAAAAGGAAAAAACUGCUAAAAACUGAAAACAUACAUUCAUAAUCUAAAAACCAUCUAGAUGGGAAGAACCAAAGGUUUUGCUAAAAAGGAAUGUGUCUAAUUUGGACAGUGAAGUCUUUAAAGUAGCUCGCAGAGCAGCUUUUAUUGUCUGAAAAGCACUUCCAGUUCCUGCUUGUAAGCAAGACAACCAGGAGCAGCUAAUGUCAAACAAAACUCAAUCAAGACAAAACAUGCUGUCACCAGCUCUUAUCAUGAAGUGUCUACGCAAGAAGCCACAGAAAAUGACUCCAAUCAUGCUCAAAUUGUCCUUUAAAUAUCCACUUGAGGUCCCAUAGCGCGACUAUGACCCCGUCCUUUCUAUCCUCCACGGUUCUUUGGCCUCUCUUGUGUCUCAGCAGCAGGAAUUAUGCAUGAGAAAAGCAAUGUAUGGGCCCACAAGUGUCAGUAAAGCAAGCCUUCUGACGAGGGGAAAGCAGCUGAUGGUUUUCAGAGACGUUAAUCUGCAUCUGCAUAACGCCUUUUAGGCUCUAAAUUUAGAGACGGCAUUCUAGCUCCAUUGCUCCAUCGAUUAUCCAUUAGCUAGAGCGGAGCACAAUCCAUACUCAAUAGGUCAUUUUUCAUGUAGACGGUUUUGCUCGGCUACAGUACAUUUAAGUUGUACUUGGAUAUUUCCAAA